CUGUGGAGUAAGAGAGACGUGGAGCGAACCCGUGUCACAAAGAAGGAGGGGAGGGAGGGAGUUGAGCUUUGCCUGCAGUGAGAAAGUCAGGCUGUCUUGCAGUGCCAGAUUUCCACUUGGUUCUCUGGAGGUUUGGGUGACAAGUUUGGUCCGUGGCAUAAGGCCAUGAAUAUAUAUUGUGUAACACUCAACGGACCUGCUCCCUGGGGUUUUCGGCUUCAGGGAGGCAAGGACUUCAACAUGCCCCUGACCGUGUCCAGGCUGACCCCAGACGGCAAGGCGGCCCAGGCCGGAGUGGGUGUUGGAGAUUGGGUGGUAUCCAUCUCUGAGGCCAACGCAGAGGAGAUGACCCAUGUGGAGGCACAGAACAAGAUCAGAGCCGCAACCGACUCCCUCACACUCACUCUGAGCAGAGCUUUUCAUCCUGCCGGAGGAGAGCAGAAGGAUACACUCGCACCUGCAUCCAGUCAGCCCAAGUACUCGUUUGCACCGAGCACAGCCAUAAACAAGAUGGCGCGGCCGUUCUCCGCAGCUUUUGGCAAUGGCAGCAAGGGGCCUGUCAUCAAGCCAGUGUCGUACGCCCCCAAGCCUAACUUCAACUCGCAGGUGCCCAGCAGCACGCCGCAGCCUCACAAUGGUCACGGAGUAACUCCCUGUCCUGCCAAGUCCAAGCCAGCAGACAAACCUGAUGAAGUUCAAGCACCAGCUAAAGCGCCAAUGAGUUCCGGCCCGUCCUGCAGGCCACCAUGGGUGACAGACCCCGGUUUUGCAGACCGCUACCACCCAGACAAGACCAGCACGGUGGUGACCCAGCACAAGCAGCCGGUCCAACCCACUCCCAUGCAGAACCGCAGCUCCAUCCUUCAGGCAGCACAGCAGAGCCCUGCCGACACUAGUGGCUGUACGCCGCUCUGCGCGGCCUGUAACAAGAUCAUCAGGGGACGCUACGUGGUGGCGCUCGGUCGUUCCUGGCACCCUGAGGAGUUCAUGUGCUGUCAGUGUAAAAAGGUGUUGGACGAGGGGGGCUUCUUUGAGGAAAAAGGAUCCAUUUACUGCACCAAGUGUUAUGACAACCGUUACUCACCCAACUGUGCCAAAUGCAAGAAGAAAAUAACUGGGGAAAUCAUGCACGCCCUGAAGAUGACCUACCACGUACAGUGCUUCCUGUGCGCCGCCUGCAAAAUGCCCAUCAGGAACCAGGCCUUCUACAUGGAGGAGGGAGAGCCCUACUGCGAGAGAGACUAUGAAAAGAUGUUUGGUACCAAAUGCCAUGGCUGUGACUUCAAGAUUGAUGCAGGGGACCGUUUCCUUGAGGCGCUGGGCUACAGCUGGCAUGACACUUGCUUUGUCUGUGCCAUCUGUCAAAUCAAUCUAGAGGGGAAGACGUUCUAUUCAAAGAAGGACAAGCCACUGUGUAAAAGCCACGCUUUCUCUCCGCUGUGAGGCUCUGCUGUUCUUCAAGGAGGGGCCGGAGCGGAGACUGGGGGGUCUAUGCCAAACAAGAACAACUACUUUACUUGAAGCCUGUAACAUAUGGCUGACUGACAGUGAUGGAUACAGUAGCUCCGGAGGCUUUCACCGGCUGUUAUAGCCCGCUUC